AUGGCGGCCGCCGUCGCGUCCGCGCCGAAACUGAGCGUUGAGUACGACGCCGAGCCCCCUCGCGAUGACGUCGCGUUCUAUGGGUCCCUGGACGCGCGCGCGGCGUUGCCUUACCUCGCGGUGAGCGGGAACACAGGUCGCGGGAUGUGGAUCGGGUCCCCGCCGGAGCCCCCCGAGGACGACGGGGAGACCACGGACGAGGACUCCGACGAGGACUCCGACGACGGCGCGGACGUGGAUUUACAGGACUGGCAGGUCGCGAAGCAGCGCGAGGAGAGGAAGGACAUCGCGCUCGAGAUGGCGAGGCUGUGGAAGGAAAACCCCAAGCAGUGGCUCAUAAAGUCGAAAGUCGCGUGGGCGAUCCGGCACGAGUCCAAGCGAAAGCGGACGCGGCACGACAUCCCGACGAUCAACGCGGACAGAAUUCCAGCGGGCGAGUUCGUCAAGGGCGAGGGACGGACGACGAAGAACUCCGAGCGCGCGGGAACGGUCGGCGCGCCGAAACGCCCGGCGCGAAGCGGCGUGCCCGGACGGUCCACGGUGUCUCUCAAGAUGCUUGUCGACGACGGUAAGUGCAACCCAGGGCACGACGCGCUGUGGAUCACGUACCAGAACCAGACGUGGAGCGGCGAGCUCAGCGCGGACGGGAUCAUAACGUUCCAAGGGAAGACGUUUAACUCGCCAUCCGCAUGGGCGAUCUACGUGAAGAGGCUCGCGAACCCUGGGAAAAAAGCGGACGACGGCUGGAAGUCGGUUCGCUACGGGCACGAGGAAGGGCCGAUGCUGGACGACCUGAAGCACGAGUACCUCCGCGGCGAGUCCGGGGCUGGGCUCAAGGGCUCCUCGGGCGGCGGCGGCGGCGGCGGCGCGGGGAUGGCGACGAAGCCUCAGCAAAGGGGGGCGACGGCGACGCCGGAGACCACGGAAGCGACGGCGACGCCUGAGGCCACGGAAGCGACGGCGACGCCGGAGGCGACGGCGACGGACGACGGCGGCGGCGCGGUGAGCGGCGGAGGGACGAAGCGCGCGGCGGAGGACGAGGCGGAGGGCGGAGUGGCGGCGAAAGCGCCGAGGACGGACAGCUAGAGAACGACCACGUUUAAACGAGUUGAUUUUUUCGCGCG